AUGAACAACCAGCGGUUUGUGGAACUCGUCGUUUCCCUCGGACUGCUGAUCCUGGCAGCGAAGAUCGAUGGCAAACAACAGACUCCUUCGUGGUCAGGAUACUAUCUGGAAAAUGACACCCACUACUUUCUGUACGAGAAACCCAAGCCUCCCACACUCGGAAAUAUUUCAAGCAACCCGUUUAUCAAUAAACUGGAGACACAGGACUAUUUCCCCACCAGGAUUGUGAAUGGCACAAGGGCUACUUGUAAAGAAGCAUACUUUCAGUGUUCCCUUCACUUCGAGGGAUACGGCAUCUGUGGCUGCAUUAUCAUAUCCGAUUGGUAUGUUCUCACUGCCCAUCACUGCGUCAUCGGACCGGCUCGCAAGUACAGGAUUCGAGCCGGAACCAUGCAGGUGAAUCGUGGUGGUCAACUACGGAAAGUUAAACUCAUUAUAGCCCAUGCGGGCUACAACGACUACACUAUGCGCCACGACAUUGCCCUGAUGAAGGUCAAGAGCCGCUUUAUUUUCACCGCCUGCCUGCGUCCAGUCAAGCUGCCUUCCCCCAAGAUUACAAAGUUCCCCAAAAAACUUGUUGUCACUGGCUUUGGAAUAGCAUCCGAGAAUGCCGCAAACCUUCAGAAAUAUUGCCGAAUCGUCGAAGUAAACUUAAUUACCCGGUCCACAUGUCAGAAUAAAUACUCUGGGACUGGAGUGAAAAUUUAUAAGGACAUGAUCUGCGCCGCUGCCCCGUACAAGGACAGUUGCUCCGGAGAUUCCGGCGGUCCACUAACCCACAAAGGUGUCCUCUGCGGUAUUGUGUCCUUCGGCAUCGGUUGUGCUAGACGAAAAUAUCCUGGCGUUUAUACGAAUGUGAAGCGAUUUAUUCGUUGGAUUCAAAAGUGUAUUAAGAAGUAUAGGAAUUAUUAG